AUAUAUAAACCCCCCACGUCUCCUCCUCCUCCACGUCAAACCACAAUCCAACCAAAGCAAAGCAAAGGAGAGAGAUCCCGGAGAAGAAGUUUGCGUGCAAGGCGAUCGAUCCAUGAGCCUGAGGCACAUGAGCCGAGUGGGCGCGCGCGCGGCGCAGGCCGUGCGGGAGGGCGCGGGGAGGUCGGUGAAGGACAAGGCGCAGUCGGCGACGACGUCGACGUCGUCGGCGGCGGCGAGGAGCAGCGGCGGCGGCAGCAGGGCACCCGCCGCGGGGUCGGUGGAGAAGGGCAGGGUGAGCGCGGCGGCGGCGGCGAGGGCGGCGGAGGAGAAGCGGAGGCGGGCGGAGCAGUCGCUGCGCACCGUCAUGUUCCUCUCCGUCUGGGGUCCCAACACCUGAUGAAGACUAGUACUAGUAGAUGUGUAGGCUAGCGAUAGCUUAUCUGCAUACGGUGGUGUGAAGGUUUUGUUCUGCGUCUGUGAAAAUCUCAGAUGUGAAUGAAGAUGUAAUUAAGUAUGUGAAUCAUCGUCUAUGGAUGCCGAAAAUACUGUUUAUUCUUGGAUCUCGCUUGUGUUGUUAAUCCUUCUUUGUUGACUUCUUGUUAAUACUGUCUGUCUGUUCAUCUAUGGUACAGAAAAUACUAGUACUGUUUAUUCUUGUACCUCGGUUGUGUUGUUAAGCCUCUUCUCUUUGUUGUAAAUACUGUUAGUCAGUCUGUCUGUGUAUACACUUCCUGUAGUGAUUUUUCUGAAGAUCA